ACAUGAUGACAGGCAGAGAGGGGCCCCCAGGAGCCCCCAGAAGCACAGGAUUUGGCAUCCAGGAAAUUUUGGGACUUAAUAAGGAGCCUCCUACCCCUCCCAGGGGCCACAUUGCCCCCAUUCCUCCAGGGGCCCAUCUACUGGCAGCUCGCUCUGGUUUGGGGCUCCUCGGUGCCACAGCCAUUCCGAAUUUCUACAGUCAGCCGGCCCUAUUACUGCGGGAGCAACAGGGGCCCCUUAGAAGUCCGGGGCCCGAGGACGAGAGUCGGACCUGCAGCUCAGAUUCCGAGGAGAUUUCUUCCACUGACAGAAAACUGAACAAAUCCCUCAACCAAAACAAGAAACGGAAGAAGAGGAGGCACAGGACGAUCUUCACCUCGUACCAGCUGGAGGAACUGGAGAAAGCCUUCAAUGAGGCCCAUUAUCCCGAUGUGUACGCCCGGGAGAUGCUGGCAAUGAAGACAUUCACACCUGGCGGUCGUGUUUAUUUCUCCCCGCAGGUUUGGUUCCAGAACAGACGCGCCAAGUGGCGGAAGCGGGAGAAGUGCUGGGGCCGGAGCAGCGUGAUGGCGGAAUACGGUCUGUAUGGCGCCAUGGUGCGACACUCCAUCCCGCUUCCGGAGUCCAUCCUGAAAUCCGCCAAGGACGGCAUCAUGGAAUCUUGCGCCCCCUGGCUGCUGGUUCAAGAUGGCCUGUCAAUGCCAAGACGAUUUUCUAAACCCGAAUACCAACAAUUCUUUGCAGGAAUGCACAAGAAGUCUCUCGAGGCGGCCGAGCAGACAGAGCGAGAGCCACCGGCAAUAGCCAACGCCGAGGCGAAAGAGAGAAGGGAGGCCGAGCGCCCAGCCGCCAUCUCCGAGGAGGAGCUAAGAGAGAACAGUAUUGCGGCCCUGCGAGCUCGAGCUCAGGAGCACAGCGCCAAGGUCCUGAGGAGCACAAACUGCGAAACGCCCGCAGCGGAGGGGAACAGGGAGGAGGCGGAGGAGGAGGGGCAGACGGAGGGAGACGCCGGGGUGCAUGACGACUCCGACGUCUAAGAGAAAAAGACUUUGCUGAGGAUCCGA